ACGUCAAUCUUAUCAGCUCCCUUGUUGCCCAGUUCGUUUCUUGGCAGCAGUACUGCACGACUGUCUGCAACCUCGAUAGCCAUUGUGAAUCGAGACGUCCUAAUAUAAGCAGGCUCGGUGUGAGAGUCAGGUAUUGCGACCGUUAGAAAAGGGUUAUACGAGCAAGGUGACAUAGCGGAAGAACAUGCGGACGUGUGUGGUACUCCUAGCGGCCGCGUUGCUUUGCGUGGCACUGCUACAGCUGGCUGAAGCUAAAAAGCAACAGCAGGAAGGUCGGGAAGUUACAAAGAGCCAUCACCACGGGGGAUACAAGAAGCACCACCACAAAGAGCGUCGACACGAAGGCCACCAGGGACAGUACCAUGACAAGGGCCAUAAAGGAAAGCAUGGCAAGAGGUCGAGAAAUGAGCAAGCACCAGCAAAGGACAUUGAACCGAGUCUGUCACAGGGAGAACAGCUCGAUACGAAGACUGUCACUGAGAAGCCUCGAGAAGCUCACCAGAAGGAGCAGUACAAGAAACAGACCAAAGGUAAAAAGCAGCAGCAGCAUGGAUCGGUGUCACAGGAACAGGGCAAGCAAUUCAAGGCGAAAGACGUGAAGAAGCAAGACUACAACAAGGGACAUAAAUCGAAAGGGACCAAGGAACAGCUGCCGAAACAACGCAGAGAGGUGAAACAAGAAAAGCAGGAAGAGCAGCCUACAGUUGAAGACAAGACCUCAAAGGCACCUCAGAAGGAGGGUGCUAAACCUAAAGUGGAAGAAAACGUGCUGUCUGCGUCACAACAGGAUAACCCUCCCAAGACAGAGCAACGUUGUCCUGGCAGCGAUACCCAAAGAGAUCAAGCCACCAGCUCCCAGUGCCAAGCAGGAACCACUGCAACCGGUCAUGACCAGUGCUCACAAACCAAGGUGUCUAUUGGCCACGGGUGUCAAAUGGCAUGUGCAUGCCCAGAAACGGCAGUCUGCUUUGCACUCAAUGGAAACUCUCUGGGUGUCUGUAAGACUCCAGAGCCAGACGACCUCACACGAGGUGUCUACCUGAAAUGAGUCUUCCGGUGGAACUGACGCUCCUCAGGUCUACAUAUUUGUUGAUCGUAAGCAUUGUCAGCGUAACUCACAGGGUUUUCCUAUGUGCAGACACUCAUUCAACACGUUUUUGUACAAUGCGUCACCACUUCGAUGUUUGUUAAGCUUGUGUGUAAAUAAGUUUUAAUAAAAUGUCUGUUCAAUUUUUA